CGCGCCGCGCCGUGGCAGCCCAACUCCGGCUAGCUCGGAGGGAAUCUUCGGGAGCCUCCCUUCACCCCCACUUCUGGGGUCACUGCCAGUCAGGCAGUCCAGGUUCAGAUGUGCUUUGUCGGGUGGUCCCACUGCCCACUCCUUCCCUAACUGGGGGCUCAUGCCCCAGAACCCUCAGGAGGAGAGCCAAGCCUACCCCCGCCGCCGCCCUGGGAGCCACGCAAACCGUAAGAGCCCCAAGGUCAUCCCAGCUGCAGCUAUGUACACCUUCUUGCCUGAUAACUUCUCGCCGGCCAAGCCCAAGCCCUCCAAAGAGCUGAAACCGCUCCUCGGCUCCGCGGUCCUGGGGCUGCUGCUGGUGUUGGCCGCAGUGGUGGCCUGGUGCUACUACAGCGCCUCUCUACGCAAAGCGGAACGCCUGCGCGCGGAGCUGCUGGACCUCAACCGAGGCGGCUUCUCCAUCCGCAACCAGAAGGGCGAGCAGGUCUUCCGCCUGGCCUUCCGCUCGGGGGCACUGGACCUCGACUCCUGCAGCCGCGACGGCGCGGUCCUCGGUUGUUCUCGCACAGCCGAUGGGCGCCCCCUGCAUUUCUUCAUCCAGACUGUGAGGCCCAAGGAUACGGUCAUGUGCUACCGCGUGCGCUGGGAGGAGGCGGCUCCGGGGCGCGAGGUGGAACACGCUAUGUUCCUGGGCGAUGCGGCGGCACACUGGUACGGUGGUGCCGAGAUGAGGACCCAGCACUGGCCCAUCCGCCUGGACGGCCAGCAGGAGCCUCAGCCCUUCGUCACCAGCGAUGUCUACUCCUCCGGCGCCGCAUUCGGAGGCAUCCUCGAGCGCUACUGGCUGUCAUCGCGUGCAGCUGCCAUCAAGGUCAACGACUCCGUGCCCUUCCACCUGGGCUGGAACGGCACGGAGCGCUCGCUGCGGCUGCAGGCACGCUACCACAACACGCCCUACAAGCCACCUGCGGGCCGCCCUGCCGCGCCAGAGCUCAGCUACCGCGUGUGUGUCGGCUCCGACGUCACUUCCAUCCACAAAUACAUGGUGCGGCGCUAUUUCAACAAGCCCUCGAGGGUGCCAGCACCCGAGGCCUUCCGGGACCCCAUCUGGUCCACGUGGGUGCUCUACGGGCGUGCCGUGGACCAGGACAAAGUGCAGCGUUUCGCCCAGCAGAUCCGCCAGCACCGAUUCAACAGCAGCCACUUGGAAAUAGAUGACAUGUACACACCUGCCUAUGGAGACUUCGACUUCGACGAGACCAAGUUCCCCAAUGCCAGCGACAUGUUCCGCCGUCUGCGUGAUGCUGGCUUCCGCGUCACGCUCUGGGUUCACCCGUUCGUCAACUACAACUCAUCGUGCUUUGGUGAGGGAGUGGAACGCGAGCUGUUCGUGCGCGAACCCACCGGCCGGCUGCCCGCGCUCGUGCGCUGGUGGAACGGCAUCGGCGCGGUGCUCGACUUCACACGCCCGGAGGCUCGAGACUGGUUCCAGGGGCACCUGCGGCGGCUGCGCUCGCGCUACGCUGUGGCCUCCUUCAAGUUUGACGCAGGCGAAGUCAGCUAUUUGCCGCGGGACUUCAGCACCUACAGGCCGCUGUCCGACCCCAGCAUAUGGAGCCGCCGCUACACUGAAAUGGCCCUGCCCUUCUUCUCCCUGGCGGAGGUCCGCGUGGGCUACCAGUCACAGAACAUCUCAUGCUUCUUCCGCCUAGUGGACCGCGACUCGGUGUGGGGCUAUGAUCUCGGGCUGCGCUCACUCAUCCCCGCCGUGCUCACUGUCAGCAUGCUGGGCUACCCAUUCAUCCUGCCCGAUAUGGUGGGUGGCAACGCAGUGUCUGAGCGCACAGCGGGCGGGGGCGAGGUGCCCGAGCGCGAGCUCUACGUGCGCUGGCUGGAGGUGGCCGCCUUCAUGCCCGCUAUGCAGUUCUCGGUCCCACCCUGGCAAUAUGAUGCCGAAGUGGUGGCUAUCGCGCACAAGUUUGCCGCACUGAGGGCCUCGCUCGUAGCGCCGCUCUUGCUGGAGCUGGCUGGGGAGGUCACGGACACGGGCGACCCCAUCGUGCGCCCCCUCUGGUGGAUUGCGCCCGGUGACGAGACGGCACACCGCGUCGACUCGCAGUUCCUUAUUGGAGACACGCUGCUGGUGGCGCCAGUCCUGGAGCCGGGCAAGCAGGAGCGAGACGUCUACCUGCCUGCAGGCAAGUGGCGCAGCUACAAGGGCGAGCUUUUUGACAAAACCCCAGUGCUGCUCACCGAUUACCCCGUCGACCUGGACGAGGUCGCCUACUUCGUCUGGGCAUCCUGACCCAGCCCAGGACCCAGGAACCCCAUAGCCCUAACCUCUGCCUUCAUGCAGGCCUUUAACCCUCCAUCACAACCACAUCGUGUAUCCCCAGGACGUCCCCACCUCUGCCCCACCCACUAAGUGGGUGCCGACAUAAAUGUGCUCUAGCCAGCUCCGGUAGGGCCAGGUGAGGGGGCGCUGAAGCAACUUCCCAUUCUAACGCACAAUCCCAAAGACCCUUUUCCCCUCCACACUCACUCCAGUCUGCAGACUGGAGUGAGGUGGAAGAGAGCUCUGAAGGAAAAGGUCAGCUCUCUUCCUGUUACACAUGAUUGUGUUUUAAAAGCACAAAAAGAAACCUUACCCUCCAUC